GUCUCCGCGCCCGCGUCCGCCCGGGCACGCGCCUCUCCCUCUUCCCUUCCUCAAGAGAAGCGGGGGGGCCCCCGCAACGGGGCCCGGGGCAGAGCCGGGGGGCGGGAAUGCAGCCGCCGGAGCCGCAGCCGCAGCCGGAGCCGAGUCCCCAGCGCAGCACGAAAAUGCCAGAAGCCUCAGAAGACCACAAUCAUUGGAAGGCCUGUUGACUUCCAUUUUCUGGUAAUCUGGAACAUCAUCCAUCUGGCAUGGCGCAGGGCAGCCAACAGCUUGACGUGCAGGUACUCCAUGAUCUCCGGCAGCGAUUCCCUGAGAUACCUGAAGGGGUGGUAUCUCAGUGCAUGCUUCAGAACAACAACAACCUCGAUGCAUGUUGUCGCGCCCUGGCACAGGAGAGCAGCAAGUAUUUGUAUAUGGAGUACCACAGCCCUGAUGACACCAGAAUGAAUAGAAAUAGCCUUUUGCACAUUAAUCUGGGUAUUCAUCCUCAUACCAGCUAUCAUGCGGGGGAUGGAGCUCAACUUAAUGGUGGUCGUACACUGGUACACAGCUCAAGCGAUGGACACAUUGACCCGCAGCGCACGGCAGGUAAACAGCUGAUUUGCUUAGUUCAAGAACCACAUUCUGCUCCCGCCGUGGUGGCAGCUUCUCCUAGUUACAAUCCAUUUUUCAUGAAUGACCAGAAUAGAAAUGCAGCUACUCCUCCUCCACAGCCAUCUUCCAUACAACCAGGAAUGAACACGUCUGCUAUGCAAGGCCCUCCCACGUAUAUGCACAUACCUCGGUACAGUACAAAUCCCAUUACUGUUACAGUAUCACAAAACCUCCCCUCUGGACAGAGUGUACCCAGAGCUCUACAAAUUCUUCCACAGAUUCCAGGCAAUCUUUAUGGGACUCCUGGCUCUAUUUAUAUUAGACAAACAUCUCAAAGUUCUUCAGGACGACAGACUCCUCAGAAUACACAGUGGCAUUCAUCGCCACAGGGCCCAGUUCCACAUUAUACUCCUCGUCCUCUACCUGUAUAUCCACAUCAACAGAACUACCAACCUUCUCAGUAUUCUCCUAAACAACCCCAGAUCCCUCAGUCAGCUUUUCGAUCACCACCGGCAUCCCAGUGUCCCUCUCCCUUUGGCUCUCCUCAACACCAAGUUCAGCCUCCUCAGUUGAGUCACCAGAGUUCACAUGUUUUCAUGCCUCCUAGUCCUUCCACUGUCCCACCCCAUCCAUAUCAGCAAGCAUCCCAGACUUUUCAAAAGCAAGGUGGUCACUCUGUAUCGUACCUUCCUCCUUUUGCUGGACCUAGUUUAUCCAAAGGUUCCAUGAAUAAAAUAGAAAUUACAGUUGAGCCACCACAAAGACCUGGGACUGCAAUGAACAGAAGCCCUUCACCAAUAAGUAAUCAACCAUCUCAACGAAACCAGCACCCGCUGUAUGCACCAACUACUCCUCCUUCAAGCUCUCCAUCCAGAGGUAUGUCAGGACAACCCAAACCUCCAUUUAGUGUUAAUCCAGUAUAUAUUACCUACACUCAGCCAACUGGACCUGCAGGUGCACCAACACAGUCUCCUCGGGUAAUGGUAUCUUCUCAGCCAAACCCAACCAUUUUUAAAAUCACAGUAGGUCGAGCACCGACUGAGAAUCUUUUAAAUUUAGUGGACCAAGAAGAGCGUUCUGCAGCACCAGAACCUAUUCAGCCUAUUUCUGUAAUCCCAGGAUCUGGAGGAGAAAAAGGAAGCCAUAAGUAUCAGAGGAGUUCUAGUUCUGGAUCAGACGACUAUGCUUACACUCAAGCCUUGCUGUUACAUCAACGAGCAAGGAUGGAGAGAUUAGCAAAGGAACUGAAGCUUGAGAAGGAAGAGCUUGAACGCCUGAAGACUGAAGUCAAUGGUAUGGAGCAUGAUCUGAUGCAGAGGCGGCUUCGAAGAGUUAGCUGUACAACUGCAAUUCCCACACCUGAGGAAAUGACCAGAUUGAGAAGCCUCAACAGACAGCUCCAGAUAAAUGUUGACUGUACACUGAAAGAAGUUGAUCUCCUUCAAUCUAGAGGAAACUUUGAUCCAAAAGCCACAUGUAACUUCUAUGAUAACAUAGAGCCUGGUCCUGUUGUGCCACCAAAGCCAUAUAAAAAAGAGCAUCAAAACAGCUCCAAACAGACCCCACGGACUCAGCCAAGAGAUGAAGACUUUGAAGGGGCCCCAUGGAAUUGUGGUAGCUGCACCUUUCUAAAUCACCCAGCACUAAAUCGCUGUGAACAGUGUGAAAUGCCACGAUACACCUGAAAUUCAGGAAGGGGCUGUACUGGGUUGAACACAGGCUCUCAGCCAGCAGCUGUAAGAGAAGGAAACAUGGGGAACCUUUCAGUCCAUCUGCCCAUCCUUUGCCAGUCAACAAUCUUCAUAUUGCAAGGGGUGGGAGUAAUGUAUUAGGAUGUUUCUGCUUCUGCUGCACUAGAAAAUAAAUAAAUUAAGGUGAAAUUCCUUCCCAUUGCAGUGAGCAAAGCAGCAAAUGAAACCUGAAAAUGUAAAAGGAUUAAUUUUGAGAAGAAUGUAUGCAGGAAAGCAAAUAACUACUGGUGUUUAUUCCUGUGGUUAUAGUUACUGCUUAGUGGCUCUAAAAAAACCCAACCCAAAACUACUGUUUUUAAAAAGAAAAUUAUAGGACUCUUAGUAAUGGUGUGAAGUGUUACACUUAACCAGAAAAACUGAAGAGCCAGAGCUGACUAAACCUGGCCACAGCUAGCUGGAAAACAAAGGCUCCCUGUGCUUCUAGAUUGUAAGCUACUGAAAGAGAAGACAGGUAAAUGCAAUGAUAAAUUUUGCAAUGUAUAAAAAAACAAGGAGAAGGGUAUUUGUAAUUGCUGCUUUUUUUCAGGGUAACUUAUGUCUACAAAAAAUUGCUGUUUGAAAUAGUGACCUGAGGUGACUAAAUGAGGAACUGUGUGAGUGUUACAGAGAGUGUAAUCAGAGGUAAUUUUUUACAAUCCCAUUUGCUUGUACAGUGCUCACCUGGCUGUGUCAACACUGGUAAUAAACCGAGAAUGAAUUCUA